UAAUCCAGAAACAACUUUCUAUCUAUUCUCUUUAUCUUGAUGAUAGAUCCAAAACGUUAAUUCAAAAAUCUAAUCUUGUACACAAUUUAACCCAGAAACAACUUUCUAUCUAUAGAUUGUAGAAAUCUUUAUCAUUCACUUCUUUCUGUAAAUCUGCAUAAGCUACCUUUGGCCACAAUACCAUCCUCUCCUCCAUCACAAUGGUAAGGGGAAGCACGUCUCUGACCCUUUCUCUUUUCUUCUUCCUCCUCCUCCAUUGGUGCCCAACUGUCCAAGCUCAAACGAAUUUCAUCGCCCAAACGAAUUUCUCUUCCAUACAUCUCUCUGGAAACGCAACAGUGAUCCCCGAUGUGGGUAUCCGCCUAACUGAUCUAGCAGAACACGUUAAGGGCAGAGCUGUAUAUUCACAACCUCUGCGUAUCAAAGAUGAAACAUUCUCAUUCAGCACUACCUUCGUAUUCUGCAUACUUCCCCCAUCAGACAUUUCAUUGGCCGGAGAUGGAUUGGCCUUUAUCAUAGCCCCUCACCCAUCUCAAAACACAGCUUUAGAUGGCCUCUACCUCGGUCUCUUCGACAAUUUUACAAGCAUGGGACACUCUUACAAUCAUCUCUUUGCAGUUGAGUUCGACAUCGUCCAGAACGAUGAAUUCAAUGAUAUUAACAGCAAUCAUGUGGGUGUGGAUCUCAACUCUCUUAUCUCUCAAAAAUCUCAGUCUGCAGGUUACUGGAUUGGUAACCAAUCUUUAGGCCUCGAUCUCAAGAGUGGGCAUAACAUACAAGCCUGGAUUGAAUACGACCAUGUUUCAAAGGAGCUCAAUGUAACGGUAGCCCCUGCUGGAUCCCUUCGUCCAGAAAUUCCCCUGAUAUCUAUGAAAAACCUAACUCUGUCUGACAUUCUUGAAGAAGAAAUGUAUGUGGGUUUCUCAGCAGCAACAGGAUUAACAAUUGAAGGCAAUUACAUCCUAACAUGGAGCUUCUCUACAAAUGGAACGGCACCUGCCUUGAACACAUCCAUGCUUCCAUGCCUCUUACAGAGCAAAUCCAAAUCCCCCAAAUUGCCACUAAUAGCAGGAUUUACCACAGGUAUGGUUGUUUUCCUACUACUAGCAGUUGCAGUAAUGUGGUUUAAAAGAAAGAAAAGUAGAGACCCUGUUGAAGAAUGGGAGGUGGAGUAUUGGCCACAUAGAUUUAGCUACAGAGACUUAGCUACUGCAACCAAGGGUUUCAGAGAAGAGCAAGUCAUAGGGUGUGGAGGCUUCGGCAAGGUUUACAAAGGAGUCCUUUGUAGCAACGGCCUCGAAGUUGCUGUAAAAUGUCUCCUCCGAGAGAGCAGCGAAGGAGUGAAGGAAUUCAUAGCAGAGAUUUCAAGUCUAGGGCGUUUACAGCACCGGAAUCUUGUGCAGAUCAGAGGCUACUGCAGGCGAGGAAAACAGUUAUUCAUAGUCUAUGAUUUCAUGCCCAAUGGAAGCCUGGAGAAAUUGAUGUUUGGUAAUCCUGGUGGGGUUCUACGAUGGGCUCAGAGGUACAGAAUUCUGUGGGAUGUAGCUGCUGGACUGCUGUAUCUUCACCAGGGAUGGGAACAGAGAGUAGUGCACAGGGACAUCAAGUCUAGCAAUGUUUUGUUGGAUUCGCAGCUUCGUGGGAAAUUGGGGGAUUUUGGACUUGCUCGUUUGUACAGGCAUGAUGACAACUAUUUGAGUACUUGUGUGAUGGGAACACCAGGAUACAUUGCACCAGAAGUGGGACACAGGGGAAGGGCCACUCCUGAAUCGGAUGUGUUCAGUUUUGGGGUUUUGAUGUUGGAGGUUGCAUGUGGAAGGCGUCCUGUAACUCCCUUUCCCGAUGCCCCUCAAAUUGGUUUGUUGGAUUGGCUGCGAGAGCUGCACACCAACAACAAGGUCAUGGAUGCAGCAGAUCCAAAGCUUAAUGGUGAAUACCUUGAGCUUGAAAUGGAGAGGAUGCUUAGAUUGGGACUGCUUUGUUGCAAUCCUAGACCAGAAGCCAGGCCUCCCAUGAGGCAAGUGGUGCAAAUUCUUGAAGGGGAAGCAUCCUUCAUUUCACUUUCGGUUGAGAAAGGGAAGCCGAGCUCAUCAAUACAGAGCUCAUACAAGUGCAGUACAGAUACCUACUAUUUCUCUUCCUUGGAGGGACGUUAGGUCUGUAGCCAUGGAUUUUAUAGAUAAGGUGUUCUCUUUAUAAAUUUUUAUUUUAAGGAUAGUUGCAUACUCGAUCGCAGAUCUUCUUCUCUUUUGUCUGCGCCAUUGUUUGAUAAACAUUUUAGUCUUGGCAUGAAGUGGAUUCAUCGAGUGCAUUACGCAGGUUCAGAAAAAAUUGCCCUCUGUAGAAUUCAGGAUUUAUUAAUGUAUUUGUUGCAGCCUGAAACAUUCCUUUGGCAUGA